CGAUAGGCAGUGGUUUUACAAGUCGGCAACCCUGUAUGUUUGGAAAAGAGGAAAACAGUGAAAGCGUUGUGGAAAAAAGGCAGGGAAAUAGCGAUAAGAAAAGGAAACGGUUAAGUUGACGUGAGCAGGAGCAGCAGCGGCGCUGCUUAAAGACAGCGCCAGACGCUGGAUACUGACUCUAAAUGGAUUAGUCGGAAAACGUGAAGCAAGAAUACAGUUAGCAUAACAAGAUAGAGGGGGAGCACGGAGGUCGGAGGACGACGGAGCACACAGGUUUCGCCAUGUCUUCGGCGGUAAAUAUACAGAUUGUGUCGAUGCCGAACCUGGCAAAAAUUGAGAGCUUUCUUAAGGAUGUGAGCUAUCGCGAGACGAUCGAGUACAGCGCCAAUUUUAACACCCGCCUGUGCAUCGAACGGCGAUUGCGGCUGCCGUUUCUCGAUCCACAAACGGGCGUGGCGCAAAAUCACUCGCAUCUGUUCCUGGACAAGCGGCAACGCAUGCCCGGCUUUCGGCAAGGACAGAUAUACACCUAUCCCGCGGCACGUUGGCGCAAAAGCCGACGACAGUACUUGACCAAGAUGUACGGUAGGUUUCCAGAGCGUCCGUUUCAAGCGUUACGCAAGGAACACGAGGCGCUCAAUAUCAGCAACAGUAGCGUUGGCGUCGGUCUGUGGUGCAGGCCUGCGGACUUGAAACCUAAGGGCUUGGCUUUUUGUGGGGCGGCCACCGUCGCCGUCGUACACAGAAUAAGUUUCAACAUAAGUUUAAACCUGCACUGA